AUGAUACGCUCAAGAACCGCUCGGGCGGCCCUCACAGCCUCCGUAAAACGACCAUGGACAUGUCCUACCUGCCUCUCUCGCCGCCGCCUCUACUCGCAAAAACCCGAAAAGCGCGAACCGCCUGACCACCGCAAACUCGGUCUCCAGCAGGAACUGUUCAUCAGCUCUAUUUACAGCCCCGGCUCUCCCAUAUUCCUACCGAAUGGUGCGCGGAUAUUCAACCGACUCGUCGACUUUCUCCGGAAACAAUACGUUCGGUAUGGCUUCGAGGAGGUCAUCACCCCGACCAUCUACAAAAAGUCGCUGUGGGCGAAAUCAGGACACUUGGAGAAUUAUGCGGAUGAUAUGUACGCUGUGAGGGGAAAUACAGAGCAGCCGCCUGCGGAGCAUGAUGGGUGCUGUGGGAGUCAUCCAGAGAAUCUGAAGCCUGAAGACGAGGAAGAGGGCGAUUAUGGCCUGAAGCCAAUGAAUUGUCCUGGUCACUGCCUCAUCUUUGCCUCGAAACGACACAGCUAUCGAGACCUACCUAUUCGUUAUGCCGACUUUAGCCCUCUUCAUCGCAAUGAAAUCUCUGGAGCCCUUAGUGGACUGACUCGGGUGCGACGUUUCCACCAGGACGAUGGACAUAUCUUUUGCCGGCCAUGCCAGGUUGAGGAGGAGAUCAAGAAGACGCUCGACUUUGUCAAGGUCGUCUAUACUGUCCUGCGAUUUGGCGCAAGCUAUCGAUUGGCACUCUCUACGCGACCAAAGGAUCACUACAUCGGCACCGAGGAGGAGUGGGCACAAGCCGAGAACGCAUUGAAGCGAGCGCUUGAUGCGUCAGGCAUGGAAUGGGGAGUCAAGGAGGGAGACGGUGCUUUCUAUGGUCCAAAGAUUGACAUUGUUCUCACGGACUCUGAUGGAAAGGAGCAUCAGACGGCCACUAUCCAACUGGACUUUCAGCUUCCCAAGCGAUUCGAGCUUGAGUACCAAGCUCCCGCUCCUGAGUACGAAGCUCGGGGUGAGACUACCGAAGACCCUGCGCUUCUUGCCGAGUACGGACCUGUUCGCCCCGUCAUGAUUCACCGAGCCGUUUUGGGCUCUGUUGAGCGUCUUAUGGCGCUUUUGAUCGAAAAGUACGAUGGCAAAUGGCCCUUCUGGCUCAACCCUCGCCAGGCCAUCAUCCUCACAGUCAACACCUCCACACCUGUCCUUGACUGGGCUGAGCAUGUGCGUGACGUGUUGGUUGGGCAUAACAAGCAAAAUGUCUUUCGACCGACAGGACUGGCUGUGGACGUUGACACUACAGCGCGGCCCCUGGGCGCCAAGAUUAAGGAGGCACGAACCAAUGGGUACGGCCAGAUCUUGGUGGUUGGAGAUGAAGAUGUCAAGAACAAGCAGGUCGCUUUGGGCAGGGAGAGGAUAUCACCAGAAGAUCUGCGCGAGAGGUUAAAAACCAUGGUAGACACGUUUGAAUAG